UUUUUUUUUUUUUUUUUUUUGGAGGUCAGAGAGAGAGAGAGAGAGAGAGAAUGUUGAAGUUCUUGUCGAAGGUGAGAAUAGAGUUCAACGCUCUGGACCCUCGCACGGCGGCGUGUAUGGAAUUCUUGGCACAGUGCAACGCUCGCAAGGCCAAAGAAUCCAACCCAACAUGUCAGCUCUUGGUCAAGCGCCGCACCGACGAUCACCCUCCCCAAAUCACCGUCACAUUCGUCAACGGCGUCGAAGAGGUCUUCGAUGCUACCUCCACCUCCGCACAGACCAUCAGAACCAUGAUUCUUGAAAAGGGUCAGCUUCUUGAGACCGAGCAAAUGUUCCGCGACGCUGGUGAGCAAUGGCCCGUCAUCAUCCCCGAGGAUGAGCUCCGCCAAUCCGCCCCUGGUACUAAGCCAAGGAAAGCGGAAGAGAAGAAGCAGUAAGUGUAUCUCAUCUCAUCUCCAUAUUGCUCCAGGAUCAUUUUGACAGCCUUAGAUCAAACAGCUAUCAGACAGUUCAUUAUGUUGAGAGAAUUAUUAAACAAACAUAAUUCAUGGAUGUGCUGCCUUAUGAAGCUGUGGCAUAUGUUCAGGUAUCACUUUGGAGGCAUUGUAUUUGAGUUUUACUGAUGUCUUCUACAAGACUUGAUGUAGCUGUUUCUUUCGAAACCGCAGUUUGCACGUCUGAUUAUGAGAUGUACUGUUAUGGAAGCA